AUGGCGGAGGACCCCACCCUGGGCAUUCGCUUAAACAGGAUUUGCUGCAUCGGUGCGGGCUAUGUCGGUGGCCCAACCAUGGCAACCAUCGCAUUAAAGUGCCCAGAUCUUCAGGUGAACAUCGUAGACAUGAACGAGCCGCGAAUUGCCGCGUGGAAUUCCGAUAACCUUCCCAUCUACGAGCCUGGGCUUGACGAGGUGGUCAAGGCAUGUCGGAACAAGAAUCUGUUCUUUUCAACGGAUGUGAAGAAGGGCAUUGAGGAUGCCGACAUCAUCUUUGCUUCCGUGAACACACCCACAAAGACCCAAGGUGUGGGCAAAGGCCGGGCUGCAGACCUCAGAUUCAUCGAAAGCGUUGGGCGCACCAUCGCUCAGUAUGCAAACCGGAGCAAAAUAGUAAUCGAAAAGUCCACGGUCCCCAUCAAGACUGCGGAAGCCAUAGCAAGAGUAUUGACAGCCAAUGAGGAGGCCAACGGUGGCAGAAAGAACUUCUGGAUCCUUUCAAAUCCCGAGUUCCUGGCAGAAGGAACAGCCAUGAAGGAUCUAGACAAGCCGGAUCGGGUUCUGAUAGGUGGCCAGGAGCAGGCUGCCAUCAAAGUCCUGGUCGACAUCUACGCCCACUGGGUUCCGAGGGAGAAGAUUUUGACCACCAACCUUUGGAGCUCGGAGCUCUCUAAGCUAGUGGCCAAUGCAAUGCUUGCACAGCGUGUGAGCAGCAUCAAUUCAAUCUCGAGACUCUGCGAGCGCACGGGCGCUGACGUCAAAGAAGUGUCCCGGGCCAUCGGGACCGAUUCCCGGAUUGGACCCAAGUUUCUGAAUGCUUCUGUGGGCUUCGGUGGAUCAUGCUUCCAGAAGGACAUCCUGAACCUGGUCUACAUCUGCCAGCAAUUCGGGCUCGAAGAAGUUGCUGCAUACUGGCAGCAGGUGGUGGACAUGAACGACCACCAGAAGAUUGCCUUCACCAGCAAGAUCAUAUCAGCAUUGUUCAACACAGUGACGAAGAAAAAGAUCGCCGUGCUCGGCUUCGCUUUUAAGAAGGACACAGGAGACGUGCGAGAGACUCCAGCACUCACCGUGUGCGACAUGCUGAUGAAGGACGGAGCAUUGGUGCAUGUCUACGACCCCAAAGUGGAGAUUGCAGAUGCCCUGCAAGAGUUCAAGUAUCACGACAUAGAGGUGAACCAGAGCCAGUUCAUCUUCACCAAAAGUCCAGAGGAAGCUUGCGAUGGUGCACAUGCCAUCAUUAUCCUCACGGAGUGGGACGAGUUCAAAUCCUAUGAUUAUGAAGUGUUCUAUCAAAAGAUGAUGAAGCCAGCGUUCCUUUUUGAUGGACGCAACAUGCUGGAUCACAAGGUCCUCGAGGAGAUAGGUUUCGAAGUGCAUGCUUUGGGCAAGGCGCGUACAGCCAAGAAUCAUAGCAGCGAACAGGAUUUUGUGCUGCGCGCCAGCAGUGCCUACCUCGAUGGCAAGCUGGGAGCCUAUCCCAGUUCUGCCUGA